AAACUCACAUUUACACUGAAUGAUCUUUGAGUUGAUGUUUGAAGGGAUAGUUUAAGUGUAUUAAGAUAACCUCGGUGAAAGUGUCGGUGUCUGUGUUGUUGGUUACUCAGACAGGCUCCUCUGAGCUCGGCCACAUGGUGUUAGAUAACCUCAGACUCUCAGUGUGCUAGCUAACUGAAGCAGACAGGCGGGAGAAUCAGUUAGCUCCUCGGUUUGAUGUUUACUGUGAACUUGUCUUUAAACAGGGAGAGACUUUAACGUUAGUGGAUCAGUCUGUCCAACAACGGUCAGAAUGUCAACGGGAAACGACUCCGGAGCUCGACUCACCCAGUUCAAAAACAAAGGGAAGGAUGCCACGGAGCUCAGGCGACGACGAGCCGAAGUCAACGUUGAAAUCCGCAAAGCGAAGAAAGAGGACCAGAUCCUAAAGAGGAGGAAUGUCCAGACCCUGGAGGACGAGCCGACUUCUCCUCUACACGAGCAAGACCUCAACGCACAGCCCCCACAGCUCUGGACUCUGGAAGAGAUCGUAGCAGGUGUAAACACCGGGAACCUCGAUCAUCAGCUGCAGGCCACACAGGCAGCCAGGAAGCUCCUCUCCAGAGAAAAGCACCCCCCUAUAAACAGCAUCAUCAGUGCAGGCCUCAUCCAGAGGUUUGUAAGUUUCCUCGGAUGGUCUGAGAGUCCCCCGAUACAGUUUGAAGCAGCUUGGGCACUGACCAACAUCGCCUCGGGUACCUCGGAGCAGACCACGGCUGUCGUGGAAGGAGGGGCUGUCCCUGCAUUCAUCAGCCUGGUGUCAUCUCCACACCCACACAUCAGCGAGCAGGCCAUUUGGGCUCUGGGGAACAUUGCAGGUGAUGGCUCCAACUACAGAGACCUAGUGAUCAAACACGGAGGUGUUCAGCCGCUCCUAGUUGUUCUGGCGUCUCAUGACCUCGCACUAUUUCCUCCUGGCUACCUGCGAAAUGUCACCUGGACCCUGUCAAACCUGUGUCGGAACAAGAACCCAGCACCUCCGCUGUCGGCGGUGCAGCAGCUGCUUCCGGCUUUAUUCCGCCUCCUGCACCACGACGACAGAGAGGUCCUGGCAGACACCUGCUGGGCCGUGUCCUACCUGACGGACGGCUCCAAUGAGAGGAUAGAGGUGGUGGUGCAGGCCGGCCUGGUGCCCCGCCUGGUGCAGCUGCUCGCCUGUGGGGAGCUCCCCAUCAUGACUCCAGCCCUGCGGUCAAUUGGCAACAUAGUGACGGGGACAGAUGAGCAGACCCAGUGUGUGCUGAACGCAGGUGCCCUGGCCAUGUUCCCAGGCCUGCUGCGCCACCAUAAGCCCAAUAUCCAGAAAGAGGCAGCCUGGACCUUGUCCAACAUCACUGCUGGCAAGGACACCCAGAUCCAGGAGGUCAUCAAUGCCGGCCUGAUGCCCUUUCUGGUGGAGAUCCUUCAACAGGGAGAAUACUUGUCCCAGAAGGAGGCAGUGUGGGCCGUCACCAACUACACCAGUGGGGGAACUGUGGAGCAGGUGGCCUACCUGGUCCAGUGCAAAGUGCUGGAGCCUCUGCUCAGCCUGCUGAUCGCCAAAGACAGCAAAAUCAUCCUGGUCAUCCUGGAUGCAGUCUGCAAUAUUUUACAGAUGGCACAAAAAACUGGUGAAAUUGAGAAACUCUGCGUGAUGAUUGAGGAGGUCGGCGGUUUGGACAAGAUCGAGGCCCUGCAGGCCCACGACAACGAAGCCAUCUACAAGUCUGCGCUCAACAUCAUCGACAAGUUUUUCUCUGAAGAUAGUGAAGAGGACGAGUCUCUCGCUCCCGAGGCCUCCGCAGAGAGCUACGUCUUCCAGAUCCCCGAGGACAAAAGCUCCUACCAGUUUUAACAUUUCAGACUUGUUCUCUGGAACAUAUGAACAAAAAAAAUUUGUACCUUU